AGGGCCGUAAAGCGUCAGCUGCCGUCGUGAAUCGGCGCACGUGUAGCUGUUGUCAUUCUGUGAGAUCAAAUCAUGCUUUUGAGUUAUUAUAGUUUAUGGGUGUAAAUGAAUGAAGUGAAAGAGCGGAAUAACACACAUGUACUCUCAUACACGGGCUGCCGAAGUGAAUACAGUAUAAAGCUGAUCGCGGGUCAGCUCUUCUCUGUGUUUGAUCGGUAACUUCUGGGCGGGUUGAGAGGAUGUUUGUGGUGGUUGAGAUGGUGGACACGGUCCGGAUCCCUCCGUGGAGUUUCCACAGAGAGCUGAAUGACGCCAUCGCUGAAGAACUCAACAAGAAACUGGCCAACAAGGUUGUGUAUAACGUGGGUUUGUGUAUCUGUCUGUAUGACAUCACUAAACUGGACGAUUCUUACAUCUUUCCGGGGGACGGAGCGUCACACACUAAAGUCCAUUUCAGAUAUGUGGUGUUUCAUCCAUUCCUGGACGAGAUUCUGGUGGGCAAGAUAAAGGGCUGUAGUGCUGAGGGGGUUCACGUGACUCUUGGAUUUUUUGAUGACAUCAUAAUCCCACCAGAGUCGCUACAGCAACCUGCCAAAUUCGACGAGGCGGAGCAGGUGUGGAUGUGGGAGUACGAGACGGACGAGGGUGCUCACGAUCUCUACAUGGACCAGGGAGAGGAGAUUCGCUUUCGGGUCGUGGACGAGGUCUUUAUCGACACGUCGCCCACUGGUCCCAGUAAAGAGAAGGACUCCACCAGUGCAGCGGGCACAGCGCCACCUGCUGGAACAGACGACAGCACACCGCAGAAAGAGUCUCCAUACACUCUCAUAGGUUCUGUCAGUGAACCGGGUCUGGGUCUCUUGUCCUGGUGGAACGGUUAACAUCUCAGUAUCCAUAGCAACAGACUCAUGAGCUUUACAUCCUAAUGAACUGAGCUGACUGACAGCUGCACGGACCAAUCAGAGAGCAGAGGCUGCUGACGAUACAAAACACAACAAACAGUUAUUUAUAAUCAUGUACAUAGAAUUGUGAAGUUGUGAUGUUGGUCUUGUUUUAAUGUUUGUGAGGAUUUAAGUUCAAUAACAGGUUUGCUGUGUUCUUCAGAGAGUUUGUUGUACAGAGAAAUUCAUUUCUACACGAUGAAAGAUGUGUUUUGUUUGUUUGGGUUUCUUGGCCGAUUUUGCAACAUUAAAAAGUAUUUAAAGUGA